AUGACAGAUCACAGCAAAGCUCCAGCGGGUGCAGCCGCCAUCAUCUCCUCUGUGAUCUCUACUCAGUCCUCUCAAUGCAGCUGCCUGCAUGUUAACUUGAACUAUGUCAAUUACUCAGGCUGGAUCUCUGUCUCAGGUUCUGAGUCUCACACUGAGACUGUGGAGGGUCGGCCGGGUGGAGAAGUCACACUCACAUCCUCUAACCCGUCCAUCCGAGACACUCUAACACUCUGGUUGAGAGUGUUCAACAGAACCAAGGCCAGCUUUAUCUCCACGAUGACCAGGUCUACAGUAAAACCUUUAUACAGUAAUGGAAUUAAAAAUGGAAGAUUCAACAUGAGUACCAACAUCUCCACUCUCUCUCUCCAAAUCAAACAUGUGACUGUAUCUGACUCUGGACUGUAUUUAUGUGGAUUUUACAGCAGCGGACGUUUUAAUUUCAACGCAAUACACUUCAAUGUUAAAGGCAUCGAUGAAUCUCAUGACGACGACAGGAAGUCUGAAACAGAGUCUGAUGGAACAGCAAAGCUGAUGAGUUUGAUCCUGGGAGCUCUGACUGUUCUCCUCUUAAUGAUCAUCAUUGGUCUGGUUGUUAAAAACAGGAAACUUCAGAAAGCUGCCAAUGAAGAACAGAAUCCACAACAGCCUGAGAACCAGACCUCUGAAGAGCUGAACUACGCAGCUGUGGCUUUCCGUCCAAAAACAAGAAAAACAAGAGAAGUGGAGCCCAAUGUUGUGUAUGCUUCUACUAGAUAGACUCAGGAAGUGACGAGAAAAACAGUUUAGAGUAAAACUGAUGCUUUAUCAUAUUAAUCAUUAGACAUUGUUAUUGCUGACUUAAUAGCUGUGUGUCUAUACUAGUUUUGGGGAAUAACAAAACGGAGAGACAGCGGCAAUCCAGUUUGACAGUUUACUUUUGAACUAUUUUUCUCUCUUACAUGCUAUAUCUAACAAACAACAUAAAGACCAUUCAUUACAUGCUUUUCUUGUACACACACA